AUGGCUUCUGCAGUCGAUCAGUCCCAAGAGGACAAAAUCAAAGAUAUUCUAGAAGACCUCGAUACGUACAGAUACAUCUACGAUGAUCUCCUCGCAACGCGGGGUGCUUGUGCAGAAGCAGAUGAGCUUCGUGAUAACAUCAGAAAAAUGGAAGUCCAGGUCGCCGCGCUCCUUGGUGAUCCUGUUCCUAAUCCUCAAGCCGCCCCGACACCACAAGUGUCGUCGCCCCCUCCGCCAGUCCGGACGCCUACUGCUCCACGCAUGGCGUCGAAUGCUUUCACUGGAAUCCCUGGAGAUUCAUUUGCGUCCCCUCACUGGCCUUCUGCUGCGCCCUCGCCUUUCGCGUCCAGCUCUCGCCAGUCGACGAUUGUGCCAGCUCCACCAAUGGUACAAUCUUCUCCAGAUAAUUCUCGCAAACGCCAGCGUCCGCUAUCUCAAGUCUCACCCACGAUACAGGGAUCAUCGAAAAGGAUCGCUCCCUCGCAGCCUGAAUCUCGCAGAUCUCAACUCGAUGCGAUAGAUGCUGAACAAGAAACUCGACUCGCCGAGAAUAACCGCAUGUACAAGGAAUUCAUCGAUGCGGCAGGUGACGAUGCGGAUCAACUAAAGGAACUUCGGGAAGAGUGUGCUGAGCAGGCAAAGUUGAUUGCAACGGAGUUUCAAAUGAAGCGAGACGCAGAACUGGCUCGCGCACUCCAAGCCGACGAGGAUCACAGUCAACUCCCCAUCGAUGGCUUCAAUGAGCAGGAUGCAUGGGAUCUCCCAGAUCGCACUCACCCGGUAAAGCUCGAACCUACCUCUUCAAAAGCCACUCGCGCCCCUCAAACAUAUGCCCCGAUAGCCCCAUUCAAUAAACUCACUCCAUUCAAUUCCGAUGAUGAUAUUCAGGAAAUCACAGCUGAUUCAUUCAAUUCUCGAUCCGGCAAGCAGCCAGCCCACCAAUCCAGUUCCUUCAACUAUCCCCACCUGGCUUCGCCAUAUUCCAAAUCCCCAUAUUCCUCACAGGCGCCCCGUCCUUCCCAGCUGCCAUAUCCCUCCCAGUUGACAUACCCCUCACAAAUGACAUACCCCUCCCAACUGCCAUACCCCUCCCAGUUGACAUACCCUUCCCAACUGUCUUAUCCUUCCCAGAUGACAUAUCCUUCUCAAAUGGCUUAUCCCUCCCAAUUGUCGAAUCCCUCAAAAAUGCCAUCAGCAUCUACCUCCAGAGUUCUUCCCUGGGCGCGUGAGCCUUCAUACGCUCCGAUGCCGGGCGCAUAUGACAGGUUUGACAAGGCCUUUGACCUGGUUCGCAACCAGAGCGAAAUAUUCGAUGAUGAUGCUGACAUAGUGUAUGUUCCGCAUCUUUCUUUUAAAGCAGCGAGUUCUGGUUCUGACCCAUUCAAUAUAGGGCCUACAACGAGAAAGAGUUCCCUGAAGAUAUCAAAAACUUGCUCAGCGGUAUCAAAGACAUUCGGGAGGCCACUAGAGCGGACAAUGAGGAGACACCAAGCGCGCUUCGAGUCACAUUGA